CGAAACCGAAACGUCCUAGGCUCCUGCUGGGCGUUCUCCGCGACGGAGGCCAUCGAGUCGCAGCUCGUGCUCGCGUCCGGCGGCAAGCUCACGAUCGACCUCAGCCCGCAGCACAUCACGUCGUGCACGCCGUCCACGGGCACCUACGGCUGCCUCGGCUGCAACGGCGGCUUCACGGAGGGCGCCUACGAGUACAUCAAGACCGUCGCGGGCCUCGCCAACUCCUUCUACAUCCCCUAC